AUCACCACAGAGGUGUGCUAUCAUUUGACGGAGAUUGACAAGUGGUCGCUCUUCCUCUUCUGCUGCCAUUGAAGAGGAAAUCCGAAAGACGAUAGUGAAAUCAAGAGCUCUGGAGAGUCAUUUCUUUGACUGAGGUUAUCAAGGCAGUUGGCUGCCGUUGAAUAUUGCUAUUACAAACGGCUGCUAGCAUAGUAAUAUAUUCCAUUUUCAGAAUCAAAUCUAUAGUGGGUUGGUUUUAGAUGCAAACAUCUCAGAAACAUCAAACUCCAGCUGCUAUCCAUGGGUUUUACCUCCAGCCGAUAGAAGAGAUUGAACCCUAUGAUUUCUCCCAUUUUAAAAUUCUAGAAAACAAUGCAUUUGGAGAUGCUGGUAGUGACGGAACUAGUGCCUCUUUUCAAGCAUGCAAGGAGCCAUUCUUUACGCUUGAAUCAUCCACAGCUAGUACUGGUUUCGUUGUUUAUGAUUCCCCUUCUGCUGCCAGCUCCUCUACCAGCAGGAGUUCUCAGUCAUACCUAUCAGACCCUCAUCAUUCCCCUGAUAAUGCGUAUAACUCGCCAGUCAGUGGGUCUUCAAUUGUAGAGAAUGACAAUGUACUGCGACACAAGCUGAGGGAACUGGAGACUUCAUUGCUUGGGCCAGAAUCUGACAUUGAUAGUUGCAAUUGUUGCUUCAUGAAUGGUGUCCACAAAGCUCCAUCUGUGUCAGGUUGGGACUGGAAUCAACUCGUGGAAAUGAUCCCCAGGUUGGACCUGAAACAGGUGCUCAUUGCCUGUGCUCAAGCAGUAUGCGACGGUGAUAUGCCAACAGCGGCUGGCUUAAUGCAUGUGUUGGAGAAAAUGGUGUCGGUAUCCGGAGGGCCUAUGCAACGAUUAGGUGCUUACAUGUUGGAAGGGCUUAGAGCAAGGUUAGAAUCAUCAGGGAGUAAAAUCUACAAAGCGUUGAAGUGUGAAGAACCAACAAGCUCAGAGUUAUUGUCUUACAUGACCAUCAUUUUUCAGAUAUGCCCGUAUUGGAGGUUUGCCUACAAGUCAGCUAAUACUGUCAUUCAGGAAGCUGUCGCAAAUGAACCGAGAAUCCACUUCAUUGACUUCCAGAUUGCACAGGGCAGCCAGUGGAUGGCCCUCAUUCAAGAACUAGCACAUCGGCCUGGUGGAGCUCCUUCAAUUCGCAUGACUGGUGUUGAUGAUACACAAUCAAAUCAUGCUCGUGGUGGUGGUCUUCAUAUUGUUGGGCAGAGGCUGAAAAAGCUUGCUGAGUCAUGUAAUGUGCAAUUUGAGUUCCAUGAUGCUGCCAUGUCUGGUUGUGAGGUUCAACUCGAAGAUCUUAUGGUUCGACCUGGGGAAGCUGUGGUGGUAAAUUUUCCUUAUGUGUUGCAUCAUGUACCAGACGAGAGUGUGACCACAUGGAAUCAUAGAGACCGGUUAUUGAGGCUUGUUAAGAGUUUGUCUCCGAAGGUUGUGACCUUAAUGGAGCAAGAAUCCAACACCAACACUUCCCCUUUCUUUCAGAGAUUCCUUGAAACGCUUGAUUAUUAUCAUGCAUUUUUUGAAUCAAUCGACGUGGCUCGCCCAAGGGAUGACAAGCAGCGGAUCAAUGCAGAGCAGCACUGUGUGGCCAGAGACAUUGUCAACAUGAUUGCUUGUGAGGGAGCUGAGAGGGUAGAAAGGCAUGAACUUCUGGGGAAGUGGAGGUCAAGACUUAUGAUGGCUGGAUUUACUCCAUACCCAUUGACUUCCUCAGCGACUAGUGGUAUCCAGGAUCUGUUGAAGGAAUAUAACAAGAACUAUAGACUUGAAGAGAGGGAUGGAGCUCUAUACCUUUGGUGGAAGAAUAGAGCAAUGGCAACCUCUUCAGCAUGGAGGUGAAAGAUAACAAUGAUUGCCUGGCAAUAUCUGUAAAUUUUACCCUUUAUACUACUUUUGCUGUCACUUCUAGAGCAUAGGUAGCAAUGAUGUCAUCUCCAUGUCUUGAUAGAAUUAAGAUUAGCCGCCUUUUUUUAUAUUUAGUGCCAUAAAGCAGUUUUGAAUUUCCAUUGUAAAUCCCUCAUCCCCUGAACCAGAAUGAGAGAAACAAAUAGGUCUUUUUGAGUUUCAGACCUAAUUAAGUCGUCUUUUUGUACUCAAAGGACCUUGGUGAAAGAAAAAUAGACUUUUCUCCUCUUGAAUGAUGGCAUCACAUAUC